AUGGCGCUUGCGGCGCGCCUGCUGACCCUCCGGCGGUCUCCUAUCCUCCUCAAACUGCCACCAUACCUCUCUGCGAUAUGCAUCCUGGUCGGCAUAACAUGGCUUCUCCUUCUGCCACUGAACGAAUACUCUCGACAGACGUACAUUUCCGAGAACGCGAUCCUCCCCGGCCAGGUUCACACUUACUUUGGCGGCAGCGAACAUAACAUCUUUCGCGCAUAUCGACAGGAGGUGCACGAUCUCGGUCAGAGAAGCUCUGCAGAGAGGAUAGAAGGUAUCGAGAGGAUUAUCAAGGAGAUCAACCUCAAGAGCGCAACUCAGCGAUAUGGAUUUGAAGUGGCAGGAGAAAAAAUUGAGGGCACAAAUGUAUAUGGCCUGCUUCAAGGACCUCGAGCAGAUGCCACUGAAGCGAUGGUCCUGAUUGCAGCAUGGAAGAAUUUUGAAGGCGAGAUCAACUACUCUGGCGUAGCUCUUGCUUUGACUAUGGCGCGCUACUUCAAGAGGUGGAGCAUCUGGUCCAAGGACGUGAUUCUCCUGAUUCCAGAGGACAGCACAUACGGCCCUGAAGCAUGGGUGAGUGCAUACCACAGCACCGAUAUAGCUUCCACCACGAGCAGGAACAUCAGCGCUCUACCGAUUAAAGCGGGGGCACUACAAGGUGCUGUGGCACUGGAUUAUCCCGUGGGACCUUGGGGGAAACGUUUCGACAAGCUGGAUGUCCUUUACGAUGGCAUCAAUGGCGCACUCCCGAAUCUUGACCUCAUCAAUACUGCAGUUCAGAUUGCGUCGGGACACAUGGGCAUUGGAUGCUCCUUGCAUGGCCUGACCAAGCACUCUGACAAAUAUCCCGAUCGACUGCGAACGAUCGCCUCGGGGAUUCUAUCACAAGCACAAGGCGUUGCGACUGGUCCACAUUCAGCUUUCAUGCCAUAUCACGUCGACGCGAUUACAUUGAAGACGGUCGGAGACGGCUGGCAUGACGAGAUGAGUCUGGGACGGGUCACGGAAAGUGUUUUCAGAAGUAUCAACAAUCUGUUGGAGCAUUUGCAUCAGAGUUUCUUCUUUUACAUUUUGAUGAACACGAAUCGAUUUGUGAGCAUCGGAAGCUACUUACCUGCUGCGAUGUUGGUGGCAGGGAGUUUCACGAUUAAUGCGCUGGCACUCUGGAUUCUCAGUGGCAGGGGCCCCGUACAGAAACCUGGAAAACUGGAGAGUGAAGGGAACGUGAAGCCCAAGGGCGAGAAGCUGGUCACGAUCAAAGACGGAGGGGUGGUGGCUGUUGUGGCGAGGGAAGAGGUGCAGAGCGUGGAGAGAAGGAUGUUCUUGCCCGCUGUUGUCGUGGUGGGCACGCAUCUGCUCAGUAUGAUACCUCUGUAUCUGCUGACGCAUACGAGUAAGGCUAAACUGCCUUAUGCGUUCGGCAUUAUCACCACCAGCAGUUACAUACUUCCAGUCUAUCUCUCGAUCCUCCUGGUCCGAUAUGCUCGCACGUCUUCGCAGCAGCUGCAGACCAUGCAGUCUUUCUCGCUGCUCUUCCUUGGCGCCACACUUUCGACGUGGGCCACUCUCAAUUUCUCGCUGGCACUUACCGUAGGCUUGCUCGCCUGUCCGCUCGGCUUUGUGCGGCCACUGCCUCUGCGGUCCUCGGCAGGCAUCAGCGACAAGCAGCGUAAUCUUGCCGUCGCUCUGAGUGUCCCCACGACUCUGCUCUGGCUCGCUCUUUCUCCUCCUGCGACGCUCUACGCGCUGAGCUGGUACUUGAAUAUGGACGUCGGCGGGAUACUGUUUGAGGUUGCCAAGGGCUGGGUAGCACAAGGUGUCUGGAGCUGUCUUGUGCUGUGGAGUGUAUGGUGGCCUGGCUGGGUUCUGGCUGGAGUUGUGCUCUUUAGCGGCGCUGUCAGGACAGACUGA